AUACUUCUGGCUCAUUAUUGAAUAUUGUUUGUUUAUUCGUACAAAUAAAAGGGGUAAUAACGGUAGCUAAAGUGUCAUAGUCGCCAGUAGUAAAUCUAGUUUGGUAUUUGGAUUUUAUUGACAGCUCGUGAGCGUUAGCUUGUUAGCAUGUUUAUCUUUGAUGUUUCCACUAAAGAGCAACAUGGCAUCCUACUUUGACGAACACGACUGUGAGCCGACCAACCCCGAAGAACAGUACCGCCAGAAUGCACUCCUUGAACUGGCCAGGUCUCUAAUGCAGGGUUUGGACUUAAUGGACUCAGGACAUUUUGAUUCGUCAGACUGGGACCAGCGUCUUCCUCCGCCAGCUGCCAAAGUAGCCGUACAGACUCUUAGUGUGGUGGUUAUUUCUCCACAGCAAGCAGACAAAUGCAUGAAGUGUCCUGUGUGUUUGCUGGAGUUUGAAGAGCAGGAAACUGUUCGAGAAAUGCCUUGUAAGCAUCUUUUCCACGCUGGUUGUAUACUGCCGUGGUUGGGCAAGACCAACUCUUGCCCGCUGUGUCGACUUGAACUACCCACCGACAAUCAAGAGUAUGAAGAGUUCAAGAAAGACAAAGAGAGACGGAAACAGAGGGAGCACAGACUGGAGGACCUCCAUGGAGCCAUGUACACAUGACGGUGAUGUUUCACCACCAUGAAACAUUCAGGUACUUCAAAACGGUCAGUGACAUUUCACACCUGAAUGCUGGAAAAAGACAUCCUUGACCGCUUUCGAUAUGCAGUAACGACUCACCUCAAGUCAUGUUUCUAUACUUUCCUACAGAAAUAUAUAUUUUCUUUUAUAAACGACAGGCUAUAGUUCCAUCAGUGGAGACCAUGCUGGAUUUAAUGUCCAAUAUAACCCACAAUUUUACGAAAAUAUACAC